UUUCAGUCACCAUCCAAUUGGGUUUUAUCUAUUGAGGACUAGAGAGAACAGGGGACAGGAAAUAGAGGAGAGAGAAAACAUAACAGGGGAGAUCUAUGGGUGCCUUUGAGAACAUCAUAAAACAACUAACUUUCACUUUCUUUGUGUUGUUUUAUUACUGUAGCAGUUCUUACUGUGUUUUCCACGAGGACCCACUUCCUGAUUGUUUAGAGGAAGACCCUGGCUAUGACACAAGUGCUUAUCCUGUCUACUAUGGAGCAAUUCUAGAGAGAGAAAGUGAGUCUAAGUUUGAUUCAGAGAACUUUGGUUAUGAACCAGAGUUUUUCACCACAGAGAGGUAUGAUCGUGUAGGUAGUCCUGAGGCUUCUCUUAAAGUGGUUAGCGUCGAUGAUUUCGGAGCUAAAGGCGACGGCACAGACGAUACGCAGGCAUUUGCAGAGGCAUGGAAGGAAGCUUGUUCAUCUGCACCUGGAAUUUUGGAGGUACCACAAGGAAAUACAUACCUUGUAAAGCCGAUAAGUUUUUCAGGCCCUUGCAAAUCUGCCAUGACUGUAAAAAUAUCAGGGACCAUAGAAGCUCCAUCUGACCGGGACUUAUGGAUAAAAAAUGGCUCGAGGCAUUGGCUUCUCUUUAGCCAUGUCAAUAAUCUCAGUGUGGAAGGUGGAGGAACCAUCAACGGAAAUGGAGAAAUUUGGUGGGAAAAUUCUUGCAAAAUCGAUAAAUCAAAGCCGUGCAUUUCGGGACCAACGGCCCUAACCUUUGAAUCUUGCGAGAACCUGAUAGUGCAAGAGCUGAGGAUCAAAGAUAGCCAGCAAAUGCACCUUACAUUCCAAAAAUGUGUGAAUGUAAUGGCUUCCAAUCUCAUGGUCCAAGCACCAGAGCACAGCCCAAACACAGAUGGAAUCCAUGUUACAGGCUCUAAAAAUGUAGUGAUUCAAAACUCCACCAUUGGCACAGGGGAUGACUGCAUAUCAAUUGUGAGUGGGUCUCAGAAUAUCAAAGCUGUUGACAUAAACUGCGGACCAGGACAUGGAAUCAGCAUUGGGAGCUUAGGAGCUGGGAAUUCAGAAGCCCAUGUAUCAGCCAUAACAGUAGAUCGAGCCAAUCUCCAUGGAACCACCAAUGGUCUCAGGAUCAAAACUUGGCAGGGAGGCUCUGGUAAUGCCAAGAACAUCAUUUUUCAGAAUGUAGCAAUGCACAAUGUAUCAAACCCAAUAAUCAUAGAUCAAAAUUACUGUGAUUCCAAAAAACCGUGCCCUGAACAGGCAUCCGCAGUUCAAAUUAGCAAUGUAAUUUAUCGAAAUGUGAAGGGGACCAGUGCUACAAAACUGGCCAUGAAAUUCAAUUGUAGCAGAAGCUAUCCAUGUGAGAGAAUUUUGGUACAAGAUAUCAAUCUGUUAAUGGAGUCCAGUGAACCAGCAACAAGUUACUGUAGGAAUGUGCAUGGGAUUACCAAUGGGAAAAUUAUCCCACCAGCAUGUCUCUAAAAGAGAUUGGGGGUUUAUAGAGAGAAAUGCACUAUACUCUUCAUUGGUUUGGGUUUGGAGAGGAUAUGUAAUUGUAAUUGCUUGGGCAUGGAUAAUAACAAUGUUGAAAGCAUACACUGAUUUAAUAUUAAUAAAAUAAAAUUGGGUUCUUUAUUA